GGAAUCAGUAACGGCGACUGCGCGGUGGCGGCCUCGUGGGCGGCGGCGGCGGCCCCGGCCAGGGCGGUCCCUUCAUGGGCGGCGCUGGCGGCCCCGGGGGUGCCUCCCUGCAGGCCAUGGGACAGCCCCAGCCCGGCAUCCCACAACAGGGCGCCGUCCUCAUGGUAUACGGACUCAACAAGGACAAGAUGAACGCCGACAGGAUCUUCAACUUGCUAUGUCUCUACGGCAAUGUUGUCAGGAUAAAGUUCCUGAAGACGAAGGAGGGAUGCGCCAUGGUCCAGAUGGGCGACGCGCUGGCGGUCGAGCGCGCCGUGGCCAACCUCAACAACACGACAUUCUUCAGCUGCAAGAUGCAACUUGGUGAAUACUCAAAGCAGGCUUUCCUUGCUGAUGUCCAGCAGCCAUAUGACCUGCCCGAUGGAACCCCCUCAUUCAAGGACUACAUGGGCAAAAACAACAGGUUCAUUAACCCUGAAAUGGCAUCCAAGAACAGGAUACAGCCUCCAUCCAAGAUUCUGCACUUCUUCAACACUCCUCCUGGCCUGGAUGAGGACCAGCUUAAACAGGUGUUCAUUGAUGGGGGAGUCACAGAGCCUAAGAGCAUCAAGCUGUUCCCAUCAAAGACUGAGAGGAGCUCCAGCGGGCUCUUGGAGUUCAACAACAUCUCUGAGGCUCUGGAAGGAUUGGUGAUUGGGAACCAUGCACCCAUCCCCAACCCUAACAGCAAGUUCCCCUUCAUCAUGAAGCUGUGUUUCUCAUCCUCAAGACAUAUCCCCAACAAGAUGGCCGAGUGAAGAGCUCGCAGUACGACGGCAGCAGCAGCAGCGGUGGUGACCUGUCGUACCCGGGCCAUUUCAGUUGCUUCAUUGCUGCUUUAGUGACCUGCAGGGUACACCAGGGUUGUUGGCAGCCAGGCAGGGAAGAUUGGGGACACGUUAACAUCUUGUUCCAUUGAUAACAUUCUUGAAGAGUGUUUUCUGGAGGACCCGGAUGUUCACGGUCUCCAUGGGUUGUUAGCAGCUCAGUGAGAUUGUUGGCAACUUUUGGGGAGGAAAUAUUGGCCAAUUUUUUGGGGUUGCUGUAUAAUUGUGACUGUGGGGAAUUAAUGAACAGCAGCUGGCUGAUGAUGAUGAUGAUGAUGAUGAUGAUGAGAGAAAGAGAGAGAGAGAAAGACUGCUGGCUGUGUAGUUUUUUGAGAUGGUUGUUAGGGACAUUUCGCAGCACUUCUCCCCCCUCCCCCUCCCCCGCCAGCACCCAUGGUGAGAGAGGGGGGUCGGUGUUUCUCUUCUUCCGCUGGACUCCCUCAGGGACUCUUCACUGGCAAUGCCCCACUGGAGGCUCACUGCAGAUCAAAUUCAGGAAGCUUCAGUUUUUUUUAUUUUUUUAUUUUUAUUUUUUAAUUUUUAAUAAUUUGUACUUGGUAAAUAUUAUUAUUAUUUGUAAAGAAGCUUUGAUGUAAUAAGUAUCAUCAUCAUCCCCCCCCCCCCCUGCCCAUAUAAAACAAACAAAAAAACAAAAAAAUGAACAACCCUCAGUCUUUUCUAUGGUGACUGUCAAGUGUUUUAUGCUUUGUAGUUUGUGUAAAUGAUAAAGGAAAAGUCUUGUAAAAUUUAGUAAGGAUUUAGUUAACAGUAUAACCCAGAUUUUACUAGAAAUGAUGACAAGUUACUUGUAUUCUUGUGUUACCUUGCAUAUUGUCAUAGGAAAUAUGCUGUUCUUGACCUUAUUUUUUAGAGAAAUAAAAAUGUAAGUGGUAAUUUUA